CUUCUGUUUCCAGAUGCCGACGCUGGAUCCCAGACCGCAUCUCCUUGCUGCGCUGCGUCAGCUCUCGAUCCGCAUCAACAUCAACACGUCAUUGCAUGGUCAGUACGCCGGUGGGGCGUCUCGUCUGUAGCCAUAUGGGUCAGUGUAAUUGUCAUUGUAGCUGCUUCCACCGCCACCGUGUGGCGCCUGCUCACUGCUCCCUGCACACACAAACAGACACAUCCCACAAAGAGGGGAGACAUCAGUGUUGGAUUGGAUUGUCUUGACACUGACCGUAGACCGCUGCCGGUUGCCCGUCAGGGCCGUAUGGGUGAUUGUUGAAUGUGUCGACUUGAGGGGCCGAUGGAUAAGGGCCGUAGUAAGCACCAGGACUGGUAGAAUAAGCGUCAUAUCGCCCAUCCUGCUGAUGAGCAGAGGUCAUUUCCAUUGGCUCGAUUGUGGCGGCCGCCGCUCCCUGGUUGGGGUUUCUUCUCCUCCUCAGCCGCCUACCCCUAUUGCGGCAUACCAGCGCGAUGAUCAGAAACACGACAGCGCCGCUGAACACACGAAGAAUGCGGAAUGACACAAUGCGAUGAGUGGUGUUCGCCAAGUGUUCGCUUACAUGCCAAUGGGCCAGAUCACACGGGCGAUCCUUGCUGUUUUGAGGAUGCCUCUCGAGCUCCUCAUCCUGCCUCGAACACGCCCCGC